AUGCUGUUGAGAGAAGGCGCGAAAAAGAAGGCGUUGGCACUUAGUGGAAGUGACAUGGGAGGAUGGAAUGUACUUGUUAAGGCUUUACCCAAGUUAGUCUGUAAGUUUAGUACUGAUCUUGUGGCUGCUCUGAGAGAAGCAGACUAUCGAUUCAUGAGGAGCACUGAACUUUUCGCUUCGGGAUAUGACACUUUGCUUCCUGAGGACGAUAUCAAGAGUGCAUUGAUUAAACAUUUCAGUUCAUGUGGAGAGAUCACAAAUUUGCAUAUCAGAACAGUCGACUACCGAAACAAUGUUCGUGUGUGA